AAGAGAGUACAGAGAAAAACGAUUACCGAUCGUUUAGGUAAAAAGUGAUAUCUACUUUUUUAACCUCAUCAAUAAAAAGUUGACUAUAAAUAAACAACAUUACUAUUUCCUCUCAUAUCUCUCCCUUGCCAGACGGCGUUGCCUUACAAAAACCUGACAAGAGAAACAGAGGGAGAGCUUUCAGACCAUAUAUUGUUUUACCAUUCUACCCUUCAUAACUGAUAACUGCAAACACGGUUUUGUCUUCUUCAUCCUUCUUUGUUUUACAUUUGUUAUUAGUAGUAACAGAAAAAAAAACUCCGACAAAGAGAUAAAUGAUCGACACUGGAAGAUAUCUUAUCGGCGCCGCCGGUGUUAGCGGCUUCGGCUCGAAAUCCACCGCCGAUGAGGUAACCGAGAACUGCGACCUUCGUUCCACAACAGCGAUAAUCACCGGUGCGACGUCGGGGAUCGGAGCAGAGACGGCGAGAGUGCUGGCGAAACGUGGAGCGAGGUUGAUAUUUCCGGCGAGGAACGUGAAAGCGGCGGAGGAAGCGAAAGGGAGGAUCGUCUCUGAGUUUCCGGGGACGGAGAUCGUCGUAAUGGAGCUUGAUCUCAGCUCCAUGUCUUCCGUACGGAGCUUCGUCGCCGGUUUCGAAUCUCUUCAUCUACCUCUCAACCUUCUCAUAAACAACGCAGGCAGAUUAGCACAUGAACAUGCAAUAUCAGAAGAUGGGAUCGAGAUGACCUUUGCCACUAAUUAUCUUGGCCAUUUUCUCUUGACCAACCUGUUACUGAAGAAGAUGGUCCAAACGGCAGAAGAAACCGGAGUUCAAGGAAGGAUCGUUAAUGUCACGUCCGGUAUUCACGGUUGGUUUACCGGCGACUUGAUUGAAUAUCUCCGGCUGAUUUCCCAACCUAAGUGUCAAUUCGAUGCGACACGUGCGUAUGCUCUCUCGAAGCUUGCCAACGUUUUGCAUACCAAGGAGCUCUCUUCUAGACUCCAGAAAAUUGGAGCGAACGUGACGGUUAACUGCGUACACCCAGGGGUUGUAAAAACCCGGUUAACAAGAGACCGGGAAGGCUUAAUGACAGAUCUCGUCUUCUUCCUGACAUCCAAGCUUCUUAAGACCGUUCCUCAAGCAGCAGCAACGACGUGUUAUGUGGCAACGAAUCCAAGGUUGGUGAACGUAUCGGGAAAGUACUUUACGGACUGCAAUGAAACGACACCGUCUGGACUCGGAUCUAACUCCUCGGAAGCUACCAAGUUAUGGGCUGCUUCUGAGAUUCUGGUAACUCAACAUCCGAAGGCCGCUUUCGACCCAUUUAGCUAAAGAAAAACUGAACUAAAUAUCUUAUUUUAUAUAAAUCUAAUUAGCUAAGAAAAAAUAUUAUGAAGUUCAGUUAAUCCUCCGAACUUAUACUGGUAUCAAUCUCUUAACCAUAUGUGGAUGAUAUAUAUACUAGUUUUCUAUUCUAUAGUACUAAUGCGAAACUGAUGUACUUUAUAUAGUAUUUGUUUAUAUUAAUCUAAAUGAUAUGAAAAUUAAUAUACUGAACUUCUUUUUC